AUGGGCGCCAGCACCGAAGUUGCUCCUAUAGCUAUCGUUGGUAUCUCUGCGGAGCUCCCGAGCGGCGAGCACUCGCACAAGAACCUUCGCUUUGAGGACCUCUUUGAUUUCCUGGUCGCCAAGAAGCAGGCCUACGAGAAGAUACCCUCCAAUCGCUUGAACACCAAAGCACGCGUCGGGAAAGCGCUAGGUCAGAUCUCAACUGAACUCGGCGCGUUCCUGAAGGACAUUGAGCUCUUCGACAAUGUUGAGUUCGGUAUCUCGAACCAUGACGUGCGAGCGAUGGCCGUCUCAACGCGCAAGUUGCUAGAGCACUCGUUUCUAGCGCUGCUUGACUCGGGCAUCGAUUAUCGAGGGCGAAACGUUGGGUGUUACAUGUCGGGUACAGCCUUCGACAUUCUUAGCGUAGGAGAACCGAACGACUUGGAUGCCAGGGGAUCUUUCGCAGGCAUACCUUGCAUGGUAGCCAACAAGGUUUCUUACCAUCUCGACCUACGGGGUCCUUCCAUACCUCUGGACACCGCAUGUAGCUCCAGCUUGACGGCGACACACCUCGCGGUGCAGGCGUUGCGAGCGGGAGAAUGCGAGGCGGCCGUCGUUGGAGGUUGCCAGAUCAACCUUAGGGUCGCAGACAUACUGCAGUAUUCGCAGGGAUCUGUGCUUUCCCCUGACGGAAAGUCAAAGCCUUUCGACGCGGCGGCGAACGGGUUUUCUCGAGGAGAAGGUGUCGUAAGCAUUGUGCUCAAGCCUUACGACAAGGCGGUCCGUGAUGGCGACUUUGUGUACGGGAAGAUCCUGGGCACGGGCAUCAACUCUUGUGGACUUGAGGGCCCGCCGUAUGCGCCCAUCGCGAGUAUGCAAAAGGAGGCAAUGGAGCGAGCGUACGCGAAUACAGGCAAGAGCCCCUCGCAGGCUGACUUCGUCGAACUGCAUGCUACUGGCACUGCCGUUGGCGAUCCGGUGGAGGCCAACUGGGCCGGAGAGGCGUUCAAGAGAGAUGGGGAUCUCCCAAUUGGAAGUAUUAAGGGGAACUUGGGGCACUUGGAGAUUACGGCCUUCUUAGCCUCCCUCUGUAAGGUGAUUGCGAUGUUCCAUCACCGUUCUAUCCCUCCCAACGUCGACAUACCUACCCUGAAUCCGGCUAUUCGCUGGGAUGCCUUAAGGUUGAAGGUACCGACACGCGCUAGUCCAAUCGCGUCUAUGUCUCCAGACGGUCAGCUGCUUGUCUCUAUCUCUGGGAGCGGUAUAGGCGGCGCGAAUGGACAUGUUGUCGUGCAGAGUAUGCCUGCCGCCCAAGGCACGCCGGAGGAGCAGCUUCAAGAACCAGUCGACUACCCGAUUCUGUGGAUCACCGGAGGGCUGACACCGCGCUCGGCAUCUGCUAACAGCGAUGCUGUUAUGGACGCAAUCAAGAGUCAGGGGAUUCAGGAUCUUAGUGCGAUGUCAGCGACGUUAGGCCGCAGGGCACGACAGCUAACCUGGAGAUCUUUCGCUAUUCAGCAUGCUGGAGACGACAAGCUGAAAUUCUCGGAGCCGGUUUUAAUGCCUCGCGCGAGACCGCCACUCGUUAUGGUCUUCUCGGGGCAGGGACCGCAGCAUAUUAACAUGGGGCGACAGUUGUUCAGGCGGUAUCCGGUGUUCCGGGACACCGUCCGAAGCCUCGACAACUACCACGUGACGCUCAUGGGCGUCUCGCUCAUCCGCGACUGGCACCUCUUCGACGGCGACGACGCUCACGAACGAACAUCCAUAUGGCCUAUCAACAUCACACUUCCAGCACUUGCCAUCGUCCAGAUAGCGUUGUUCGAUCUUCUUACCCACCUUGGGUUCCAUCCUGAUGCUGUCGUUGCGCACUCCGCCGGAGAGGCGGCCCUCCUCUAUGCCUCGGGAGCUGGCACGAAGGAGAUGGCACUGGACUUGUCGAUUGCUCGCGGCAAGGCCAUGUCGCUGUUGGAGCAGUCAGAGACGCAAGGAACCAUGGCAGCGCUGUCGUGCACGCCCGAGGUUGCCCAGAGCCUCGUCGAUGCUGUGGCAGCCGAAGUCCAAGACGCGUCGCAAGUGAUCAAUAUCGGCUGCUAUAACGCUGCCAACGCAGUCACCCUCUCUGGUCACAGGGCCCUCGUCGAGGCCAUCGUGCAGCGUGCGACUCAAGAGGGCCACCAGGCAACGACGCUUCGGACCAAUGUUCCCGUCCACUCGGCCCUCAUGGAGGAGUGCGCGACUGAGUACGCCGAACUCGUCGCCGAGGUCUACAAUAGACAUUCCGGUCCGCAUGUCCCUCAAGUCACCACCUAUUCAUCCGCCCAGGGGUCGCUGCUGGAGAGCUUCGAGGAAGGAUACUGGUGGUACGGCAGCCGGAACCCGGUACGCUUCACACAGACGAUGAACAUCAUUCUUCAAGAUCAUCCCGGUGCUUCCUUCGUCGAACUCUCUCCCCACCCCGUCCUCUCCCACUACAUCUCCACCUUCGGCGUCUCUCCGUCGCUCGUAACAUGUCCCAUGCGCCGAACGAAGUCUCCCGGCCUACAGCAUGAAGCCAACACCCUUCUGACCGCCCUCGGUCAACUGUCGAUAAUGGGUCACAACGCGCUGGAUUUCAGAGCCUUGCAGCGCUCGCUAGCACUCUGCAACGGUGACCUUCCAUUCACCACGUAUCCUUUCCAGCAGAAGGUCGUCGACUUCGCGCCUCCCUCCUCUCGGUCUUGGAACAACCAAGUUCAGCCCCGGAAAGGCCGCCUCAAUUUCCCGGAUAUGCGGGUCAACAACCUCACGCACCCCGAGCUCGCGGACCACGUCAUAAACCAGGAGUCGAUUAUGCCAGGGUCAGGUUUCAUCGAGAUGGUACUAGAAACUGGGGCGAACAUUCUGUGGAACGUCGAGUUUAUGUUACUUUUCCCUUUGUCUUCGAAAGAGCCGGUUCCCAUGGGUCUGACGCUCGAAGGCAAGAACUGGUCUGUUACCAGUCAGCUCGUCGAGCAAAUCCCUUCUAGCUCGCCCGCCAGUCGCAUUCACGCCCGAGGAUGCAUGUCCUCGAAACCUGUGGAUAUCGCAAGACCAAAGAUAGACGUUGCCGGGAUCCAAGCUCGUUGCACUCAAGUGGAUAGCACUGCUUUCUACAAGGGCUUUGAAUACUUUGCCCAGUACGGCCCAUCGUUCAGGUUGGUGAAGCAGGCGCACUUCGGGUCGCGCGAGUUCAUUGUCAAAGUCGAACACCCGGAAAGCUCGGAUGACUAUGUGUUCCACCCUGCCACCCUAGAUGCCGCCAUUCACGCGCUGGUCCACCCCAUGUUUACUUCAAACGGCGAUCCAAAUGUUUACUACCUCCCCUCGCGCGUCAAGUCUCUGGUUGUUUUCAGAGACGACCUUAAAUAUGCGCUGGGAGUUGGAAUCUUAUAUGCACACGCGACGCUGAAGCAGUGGACCCCUAUGGAACUUAUCACGGAUCUCACGGUCACAGACGAGCAUGGCGACGCCGUCGUAUGUUUCCAUGAGUUUGCCGUCAAAAAGCACCAUAUCCUGCCUCCAAGAGACGUCUCGAAGCGAUUCGAGUACGUCUAUCAACCCCUGGGACUGAGCCCUUUGCGCCUUAGAGGCGAGGACUUCGAGUACGAUCUGCCCUGGGGAUGUACGCAAGAAGCAAAUCAAAUAAAGGAGACCCUGCAGAAUCUCCUGAAGUUCGUUUCCACGGCGUCACAAAAGCGAACUUUAUCUCUCCUGUGCGUCGACUGUGGCUUGGGAACCUUCAAUCAACGCAUGAAGGAGGCCGUCGCAAAGUUCACCGAGUACAAGGCUGCAUACAUCCACGUCGGCGAUGGCGAGUCCACGUCACAGACUUUGAAAAAGAAGAUCGACCUCCUUGAAACUUCCGUCGACGUUGUCAUCGCCUUCGACGCACUGCCCUCCCAGAGUACCAUCGAGCAAGAUUACCAGUCACUCACUCGUCCUCUCGUGCCUGGAGGUGUGCUCGCUCUGGUGGCCCGCGACGACUUGGACGGUUCUGUUUCGCCCGUUUCACCUGACGCAUGGUGCCCCGACAUGUUCGUCGACCUUGCGCUGCGCUGGAAAACCCUCGUCCGCGCAUUGCCUAUCCAAGCUGGCCAGCGACCACAGCAAACUCCGGAAGAACUUCACCUUCUUAUCGGCCAGACACCUAGCCUGUCGGUUGGGCACUUCGCCGAUGACUAUCCGGUUAUGGAUGGCCCUGCAGCACACGACGGGCACCCGCUUUCCAGCACUUUCGGUGGUCACCCGCCUGCAAGGGCAGGAUUGCGCAUCCUUCAGUACACGCGUGGAGGGGAGAUGGAACUUCAGCGCCAGCUGAAGGACGUGGACGUCAACAAGCCCACGACGUUCUGGAUCACGGCGACGUCGGGAACGGCAGACGAGGCCACGGGACGGGGCCUCACGAGGUCUCUCCGGCGCGAGUUCCCUCUUUGGAAUAUUUUCUUUGCAGGUCUCGACCAGUCCAUAAAUCCCACCGAGGCAGAGGCCAUCCUACAGGCCUACACGGAUAUUCCUAGCAUGGAGGAAGAAAUCACCAUCGACGGCCAUCGCCAGAUACUCGUUCCGAGGAUUUGCGAAGUGUCGGCGCCGUCUCAGUCUACUCUCGCCGCGAACGGUGUACCGUCAAGCCGGCAAAGGGCCCAGCCUACGGCGCUUCUUCUCAACGAAGACGACGUCUACGUUGAAGUUGUCGCCUGCGCAUCGGCGUCUUCGGGCCUCUACGGUGUCGUCGGACGCAUUCGGGAUGCCGAGUUAGCAUCGUCCGCGGACAGCCGGGGAUUCUUGGUCGCCACUGUCGCGACCAGCCUCCCCAAUCAGUACAUGGUCGCUCGACGGGACGCGUUGGCAUUAAUGGACGAGAACGCGGCUGAAGAAGAUCUCCACGCCUACGCCUCGGCCCUCCCGUCGCUUUUGGCCGGGAAGCUUGCCAUGCAUGCGCUCCCGCCCAGCAGCAGGCUCACGAAGAUCAAGUGUACCGUAUGGCUCACCCACUCAUCCACUCCCAUCGCACAACGGAUUGAACAAUACCUUUCCUCGCUCGACGUGGGUGUCAAGGUGGUCAGUGUGUCGGAUUUUACGUCUUCGUCGACAUGCAAAGGUGUUAGGCCAGGAGACAUUAUCUUAACGGGAUACGGCCCGGAUGAAGCCCUCUUCCAAGCUGUUGUGACUCCGGGAGCGAAGCAGAUCUCAUGGCAUCUCGACUCGCUGCUAGGCCUCUCAGAUUCCUCGACCCCGUCGUGGAUCUUAGGCAGUCUUUUGCAAUCCGCUCUCGACGAAGUGGACUCGGCGACGCUCCGGCAAUCCCAGCUCGUUUCCGUUAUUAAUGUUGCGCCUGCCCAGCGCCCGCUUUACAAGCCUGAUCAGACUUACAUUGUGAUUGGAGGUGUCGGGAGUUUGGGUAUUCACUUGUCUCUAUGGCUUUACGAGCACGGCGCUCGUAGCAUCGUUUUGACGUCGAGGUCCGGGAGGAAGUCCCUUCUCAAAUCGAACGACAAGCUCGCCAUGAUGAUGCUAGAGUACCUGGAAUCGCGCGAAGAUUUGGUCAUCCAGCUCAAGGCUUCAGAUGGGACAUCGGAGGAGGCCAUGGGCGAAUUGGUCUCCACUCUCCCCUCGCACCCGGCUGGCGUAUUCUUACUCUCGGUCGUCCUUUCCGAUUCUAGCUUCUUCUCGCUCGACGAGGAGAAGUUCGCCACGUCUCACCGAGCGAAAGUCGCUGUAUUUGACGUUCUCCGGAAGACGUUGGACCUCGACGGGUUGGACUUCGUCGCCUCACUGUCGUCUAUUUCCACGUUCGGAAAUGCAGGACAAUGCGGGUAUUCGAGUGCAAAUACCGCGCUGGAAAACAUGGUCAACAGGCUUCCCAACGGAUUCUCAGUGGUCUCUCCGGCAAUUAAGGAUACCGUUUCAGUCGUCGAAGCGUCGGCGCACUUCCAACAUCUGAUGCCAUGGGCGUUCUCUGCACAAGAGGUCUGCGCAUGUAUUGACGAUGGUAUUCGGAAGGUUCAGAAAGAGGAGGUUGCGACUUAUAUUCCCGAUCUCGACUGGACGCUCGUUCAUGAACACAUGGGACCAUCCUCAUUGUAUAACCAUCUCGUGCUUGGAAAAGCUGUCGAAGCAGAGGCACCUUCAUCGUCUACAUCUAGCAAAUCCCGGGACUUGGAGACGAUGAAGACCGUGGUAUUGCAGGCCGUCGAUGUUGCGGCCGAGGAGUUCGACGAGACCAUGCCCCUUACCUCGUUCGGUCUCGACUCCCUGUCCGCAGCGCGCCUGUCGUUCACUCUGCGCGGGAUCGUACCCUUGUCCCAGGUCCAGCUUUUGAGCAACAUCACGUUCCGCGAUAUCGUCGAGCGUUAUCAUCAGCACGCUCAGGCCGAGCCUUCCACUGCAGCGACGACCUCGUCAUCUUCGUCAGAGGACAGUAUUGUCCUGAAGUACGGGUUCGAAGGAACCAGCCUGACAAAAAUUCAAGACGGCGAAGGUGUUCCUUUCAUAAUCCUCCACGGAGGUAGUGGCACCAUUGCUGCGUUCACGGAGCUGGCCCCGAAUUUCUCUGGUUCGCUCUGGGCUCUACAAGCUACGACUGAGAGCCCCCUGCGCUCGGUCACCGCUGCCGCCGCUUACUACUACCGGUGCAUCAAGGAGACCUUCCCUAGUGGCCCCUACCGACUGGGCGGGUAUUCCGGAACCUGCUUCAUCUUGUUCGCGCUCGUGCAGUUGAUCGAGGCCGGUGGCGACGAGGUUUCGCAGGUGGUCGUGAUCGACCACUUUCCUACCCUCUUCACUUCGCAGAUUUACGCACCUGACGAAGAAACUCUGCGCAAUCAGGCUCCUUCGGAUGAGUUAGUGAAGAAUACGAUCCGGACUGUCACACCACUCUAUCGCCUCGAUACCGCCCAGCGGCGACAACUCGCUGACGAACUUGAGCAGGCGCUUCUCGGAAAGACCGUCUCCCCAUUUAUGGAGAUGUUUGCCAGCAUUUUUAGCGACAUCACCUUCGCCCUGUGGGAGUUCACCUACGGGCUUGUGGGAGCCGACGCACCGCUCACGCUGGAGUCGAUGCAGACGGCGAUAGACGCAUGGCUGAAGCGUAGCAAGGCGCCGGUGACAGUGGUCUUUGCAUCAAAGGGCGUGCUCACAAGCAUACCAGAGGCAUGCGCGGACCCCCAGUGGAUCGAGCAGUGCAUACAUUGUGCGUUCCCUGAGGCCACUGUCUUUCAUAUUCCCGGCACCCAUCACUCGGUAUUCCGGGGCAAACCCCUUGCCGAAAUAAUCGAGCAGCGUUACAACGGGAGGGUAGAGUGA